CCGGCGUUCCUGUGCUUAUACCUUUAACCAACUGGUUUAACUAUUUAGCUGCGUCUGAGAUUUGGAAAUUAGUCAUUGUAAAGAAACACUUUACAAAGAGACAGAAGAAUUUGGGGAUAACCGUGAUCAAGCAGAUAUUGAUCCCUGUGUGUGUGCCAAUAGGAGCGAAACAUUGGAAAAGGAGUCCAGCUCACAGAAGACUGCCCACUGUUGUCUACACAGAAUUUGGAGACUUUCUCUCACACACACACACACACUCUCGCUCUCUCUGACUUACACACCCUCUUAAUGACCCACACAUCCUCCAUGCCCAUGCUGCUCACCCUGGCACUCCUGGCGCUGGCCGCCAGGCAGACGGCUGCCCUCUUCCUGCCCGACUCCCCGGAGCUGCGGAAGCUGAUGAGCCGCCUUCAGCGCGAGGCCGACAACAGCACCGCCGACGCAGACGCCCAACCUCACACGCGCCAUCGCCGCGCCAUCCCCUGGUCCGACCGCGACGAGAUCCUCAAGCUGCACAACAAGCUGCGCGGCGCCGUCUACCCUACCGCCUCCAACAUGGAGUACAUGGUCUGGGAUGACCAGCUGGAGCGAUCCGCCACUCAUUGGGCACACCAAUGCAUAUGGGACCAUGGGCCCACGGAUCUCCUCAUGUCCAUCGGGCAGAACCUGGCAGUGCACUGGGGCAGGUAUCGCUCGCCAGCCUACCACGUGCAGGCCUGGUACGAUGAGGUGAAGGACUACACCUACCCCUACCCUCAUGAGUGCAACCCCUGGUGCCCUGACCGCUGUUCUGGACCUAUGUGCACCCACUACACCCAGCUGGUCUGGGCAACUACAAGUCGAGUGGGGUGUGCCGUGCACACGUGCUCCCGGAUGAACGUGUGGGGAGAGAUCUGGGAGAACGCCGUCUACCUCGUGUGCAACUACUCCCCCAAGGGCAACUGGAUCGGAGAGGCCCCCUACCAACAUGGCCGCCCUUGCUCCCAGUGCCCACCCAGCUAUGGAGGAGGAUGCAGAGACAACCUCUGCUAUAAGGGAGACACCCAGCGUCCUGAGACAGAAGACAUGAAUGAGGUGGAGAGACAGCAGGUGCCCAUCCAGCCCCGCAUCACCACCACCAGACCCAAGCCCAGGCCCAGACCCACCCCUGCCAGGAGACCUUCAGUCAUGCCCUCCACACCAAGAUCUACACAGUUCCUGGCCCAGAAUAUUAAAUGUGAGACUAAGAUGAGAGACAAAUGCAGAGGAUCUACCUGCAACAGGUAUAAGUGUCCUGCUAACUGCUUGAACAAGAAGGGCAAAGUAUGGGGUACACUGUAUUAUGAUGUGCAAUCAAGCAUUUGCCGUGCUGCAAUGCAUUAUGGGGUCAUCGACAACAGUGGCGGUGUAGUAGACAUUACCAGGAAGGACAGGCUACCAUUCUUUGUCAAGUCAACAAAGAAUGGCAUUGAAUCUUUCAGCAAAUACAAACCUUCUAAUGCCUUUGUUGUGGCGAGGGUAGAGAGGCAAUCAGUGGACUGCUAUGCCACAGUAGCAGAGAUAUGUCCAUACAAGAAGCCCUAUACCAACUGCCCCAGGGUAUACUGUCCAGCGCGCUGCAAGAACCAGCCGUCCUAUUGGGCUCCGGUGGUUGGAAACAGUAUGUACGCUGAUAGCUCCAGCAUCUGCAGAGCCGCCAUCCACGCCGGGGUGAUCAAGGAUGAGGGAGGCAAUGUGGACAUCCUGGCCCUGGAGAGGAAGAAGAGCUAUGUCGGAGUUCUGAAGAACAGCAUCCAGUCAGACAGUAAGAGCAGUCAUGAUGGGGGCUCAUUCCGUGUCUUCGCUGUGCGAGAGUGAUAACACACAUACGGAACCUCCUAUCCAUCCCCCAAACAGCGUUCGGACACUCUGAGGCCCUCUGGACAGGAAGUGACCUUAUGCUGUGUGCCACCAUAGCAGGUCUCACUAUCUGGCCUCUGUCGACUCGAGGGGGAAUGGGACCCCUGUACAGGAUAAAUGGAUUCCACUUCUAGUCAAACAAGUGCACUUUUUAACAUUUGAGAUAAGAGAUCGGCCAACUCACGGAAGCGACCAAACAAGGAAGGUUCCUCCAUCACUCCUUCACUCGUAUAGACUGCAGAUGUUUAUAUUUCUGAAAAGGUUUAGUCUUACACAUAGUUGAUACAGAUUCUGUGUGAUCGCAAUCACAUUUAAACAGCAGUGCUGGUUUUAUAUGUCAUAAAAUAUGUCAACCUGAAAUCAAAUAAUAAUUAUUAUUUUUUUGUUUUUCAAAAUUAUUUUUUCUGUCAUUUUUAUAAAAUUAUGUUUGUUCGUUUUAUAAAUUGAACUCUAAAUUGUUGAUGAUCACCAUACACGGGAAUGUAUAUUGAUCACUCUGUAUUUAAUCAUUUUGUACAGACUUUUUUUAUUUGAAAGAAAAAUCUUGUUAAGCUUUACAUCUUUAUCAUUUCAGCUUUAUUUUUCAUGCUUUUUUUAUUUGCCUAGAGAUCUAAAGAGUCCCUACCAUUCUGGUUUAGCUGUAUGUGAGUGUGUGUGUGCAUGUGCAUGUGCGUGCGUGCAUGUGUGUGUGUGUAUGUGUGUGUGUUUGUGUUUGAGAUAGUGAGUCUGUGUGUGUGUGUGUGUGUGUGUGUGUGUGUGAGUGGGUCCGUGUUUGGCUUGGUGGAGGAGCCUGGACAGACGGAUGUGUUGAGUAGGUAGAGGAGAAGCAGAAAAGAGAGGGGGAGGGAGAGGCACACCUCCAAGGAAAAGAAACCCUUCCUGAACAACCCUCCCAUCCCUUCCAGAAUCAAUAGUGUGCAGACAUCUUAGUAAAGGUGCAAAAACAUUGUAACAGUGUUUCUUCCCCUUUGAGGCUCUGGGUGCGUGCAUAGACAGAGAGUGUCCAGUAUGCUGCUGCUGCUCUCACAGAACCCCACUAAUCAAAGAUUAUUGUUCCAAACUACAUUUACAAAAGAUCACAGCCAAGCAUGUCACAUUCUGCCCUGCACACUCGGUGAAAUACAAUCAUAUAGUAAUUACAGCAAAUGUUUAUUUCUCCCACGUGAACUAGUGAAAUGUACGAGCUCUUUUCUUUUCUCACAGUAAUAAGUAUAUGUCAAAUCCAGAGUUAGUUUCUCCCAAGAGUAAUUUAAGUGAAACUUACAUUAUGUUCCAGGCACUAGGAAAAUGAUUUAUAUUACAAGUGGGCAUGCCUGAUCCGUAAAUCUCUACUGCAUAGCAAAGUAAUAAGAUAAUGAUAAUUAUGCAGGAGGUCUGAGCUUGUCAGACCGCUGACUCAAACCUUUGCUAGUCCACACUUUCUCUUGUCCUUGUAGGCCACUUUGUAAACGAAAGCUAAAAUAUGCAAACAUGUCAGUAUGUAGGUACACAUGCCUGCAAUGAACUCAAUGCCAGUUGAACUCACCAUGCUGCUUGCUGUGUGUCUCUUUCCUUUUUGUAUUGGCUACCUCAGUCCUGUCGCAGCGUUUUAUUUCAAAUUGAACAUUUUGUUUGAGGGGAGGGCAAUCUCGAGUUUUUUGUACAGCUAUGGAAAUUGUUUACUGUAAAUACUUUUGUGUUUUAUAAAAUUGUCUUCUUUGAUGUAAAGCUAUCUUUCUUUGUUGUGUAAUGGGAUAUCUAUGUCUGGCUUUAUACAGACAAUGGAGGGUUUUGUAUUUUUUGCACAAUUUGGAAAAAAAAAUAAAGUUGUGAUAAAUGAG